CUCCUUGGUCUAUAUCAAUGCUUCUACCAUCUUACCUCUUUCCCCUUUUCCCUCUCUCUCCUCUCUCCCCUAUACUCUUUACUUUUCCCAUUCCCUUAUUUUCAUUAUGCAUACAAAUAUGAAUCACCAAAAACCCGCUGUUUUCGGGCCGGGCCCAGAUGGUAAUAAUCCCAUGAAACGCAGCCCAUCCGAGUUAGUCCUUCAAGCCCUCGUCAAUAACAAUCCAACGGCUACCAUCAAAAGUUUUCAUCAUGAUCAUGAUCAUGAUGAUCAUCAUCAUCAUCCUGCCCUCUUCGCAAACUAUCAUGAUCAUCAUCAACAACAUCUCCUUCAUCCAACGGCUGCUGUUGUUUCUGAUGAUCAUAUAGCUUUUGACGGAUUUAAGAAUCAGCAGGACAUAAUUAAUAACUUUCCGACUGGUGGUGGAUUUGAUCAGCAAACAAUUUCAUGGUAUCAAAACUGCCCCCCACAGCCACAACAGCCUUGUAUCUCGGCGACAAUUGAUUCGCAAUCAUCCAUAUGUGCUGGAAGUCCAACCUCAACUCUUAUUAAGCCGAAAGCAGGAGACAAUCAAGGAAGUGGCUCCUCAGAAGAUGAUGAUGGAGAGACGGAAGCCGGUCAGUGUGAGCAGAGUGAUGAUCCUACUGAUGUAAAGCGCAUGCGAAGGAUGGUUUCAAAUAGGGAGUCUGCUCGCCGUUCUAGAAGACGGAAGCAAGCACAUCUACUACAAUUGGAAGUGGAGGUUGAACAACUUGGUGUAGAGAAUACUACGCUUUUUAAGCAGUUGGAUGAGGCAGCUCAGCAGCUCAGAGAAGCCACAACAAACAACCGUGUGCUUAAGUCAGAUGUUGAAGCUUUAAGAGCUAAGGUGAAAUUAGCUGAAGACAGGGUCACUCGAGGCCCUCUAAACCAGCUUUUUCAGAAUGCUACUUUGGGUUCAUCUUCGAUGGCAGCUAAUAUCCAAAACCUAUCUCGGGUAGCGAAUAUCUCCCCAGCAAUGAUGGUGCAAGGGCAAGAGGCUGCGUCUUUCGAUGGGACGUUUUCAUGGCAGAAUUCGAACGAUAAUAGCAUGGAUCAUGUGUUGCAUGGCAAUGCUAGGAGUGGGCUAGUUAGUGAUAGUACAGGUAGUGGCGUUAGCUGUGUGACUGGAAUGUGGCGUUAAGACUUGAGAGUCUGGAUUUCAGAAUGUAUAUCUAAGUACUCCUAGAUGGUUUUUGUGUUCUAGGGAGGUCAUAGUCUCAUAGAGAGAGGUAAGUUUAAGGGGUUUAAUAAGGUUUAUAAGUUAAGCUAGUUGAUAUUGUUGCUGCUGUUACAAGUUUCCUCUAAUUUUACUGUAAUCUUAUGUACUAGUGUAAGAGGUUUGAAAUCAGGAGAGUCAAUAUAUUUAUUGUUCA